AUGGAGGUCUAAAAGGCGAAAACGAGGCUACCUAUAAUUAGAGUAUCCAACCUAUAAUGAACGCUGAUAUACGAUUAAAUAUUAAACUAACAGCUGAAAGUAUUGUUAAAAAUACGAAACAACCAUUUUAUAUUACGGAAUUCGGAGUUUCCUAUGUUCAUUUGACAUAUGAUAUAUACCAAUUUUAAAGAUGCCUGAACAAGAAAUAAAUCCAGCUGCAGCUAAAUUCAUUUCAUCUCUGGUUAAAUCUCUUCAAAUUUUGUGCAAUGGCCAGGUUGAUUUUGAUGAAAGCAUCGAGUUAGUGGGACAUAUAAAUGUGAGAGUUGAUAGAAAGUACAAAUUUGACUACAUUGUAGAUGAACAUGUCUCCAAAGAAGGUGAAGACUCAUCUACAACCUUUCUUAGCAACAGCUAUCAUUCUCGCCCACCAUUAAAACAGUUGAAUAAAAAGCCUUCAGCAUCUGAACUAGAACAAGAAAUUAUGUUUAGUGAAAUUCCCCAUAAUACAAACAGACGGUUAAGACAAUCAAAGAAUUCAAACAACUCAGUAGAAACACACCAACAGGAGGAAAACUCAGCUGGAGCUGAUGAAAAUAAUCAGAACUAUUCUGUGUCUGUUGAACCUAUGGAUAGACAUGGGGACCAGCCUAAUCAAAUGGUAGUCAAACUUGAAGAGGCUGAUGAUUCUAAUGAUUGUAUGGUGCUUCCAGCUUCUCCAGGUGAUUAUGAACAAGUAGAAGGAAGUGAAGCUUUCCCCAUUGCUGGUCCUAGUGCAUCAUAUGAUGAAUCUAUAAGUGUUCAUACACGACGCACUAGAAAACGAAGAAAAGUAAAUGACUUGGGUGACAGGGAAGAUAGUAACUGUUCCUAUCUUCCAGUUGGUGUUAAGGAGCUUAUGUCUCCAAACGAAACAACUAAAGAGUGUAUUGGCCUACGGCUACAGGAAAAAAGCUCACUUCCUGUUGUUCAGCCUUCAGGGUUUCUUGUGCAAAGUAAUCAUCAUGAGAAUGUUGGUGAUGGAACCAUGUCAGAUAAAGAUGCAGCUUUUGUAAUGCUAAUGCAUUCUACAUCUAGUAAAAAUAUAGCUAAAAAUGAAAGCCAAAUUGAAGGUCAUCCUCAAACAGUAACCUCCUCAAGUUCAUCUAACCCUUUAAUAGAUCUGAAGCAGUUAGUUGCAAAACUUGCUGCAUUGUGUGAUCUGCCAGCUGUACAAGAGGAACUCAUUAAUUCACGCUUUAUUAUGGGGCCAUCUGAAGAUGAAAUCAGAUCUGUUAAGAAAAAGUUUUUUGAAACUGUUGAUAAAGAAAAAUUGAAAAAAAUCAAAGAGGUACUUAAAAUGAAGAAAAGUAAACAAAGAAAGCAAAGGCUAAAAUCUCUUCUGUCUGAGUUGGGUAUUUCAAAUGACCAGUUAUUACUUCUGGCACAUACAAAUAUUAGAAGGAAAAAAAUUAGCUGGAAAACAUUGCCUGAUGGGCUUAAUAAAGAGGCAAUGCUGAAAGAACAUAGAAAAGCUAUUAGAAUCAAAACACAGGAAAGACAUCAAAAGCUGCUUGAAAUGGCUGAAAUGCUUAAAAGAAAUCAGGUCAAUGAUCCAGGGAUAACUGUGGUGUCCAAGAGUGGAGGGAAGAAAUGUAUCCUUCACAAGUCCUCAGUGUCUGUGGUGUCUCAUAACACUCAGCAGCUUUCACUAGAGAACAUAGACGAGGUGGCAGAGGCUCUCACUGGUAAAACAAGAAAAGCAGCUCUGGUUCAGCAGACUUGCCAGGACAAAUCUAAAGAGCAGAUCAAAGUGGAGUACACCAGACGUAUUUGUCUGAAGAAAAAGAUGAAGCAGAUUGUUGGGAAAAUGCUGGGAGAAAUAAGUGAUGCUGGGUACCGUGUGAUAGUGACAAGCACAGUAGGUUCAGAAGCUGGGUCUCACAGUGCCGAGCUGACAGUGUUGCCACUUAAAGUUGAUGAUUUCCUACCAGAAACUAAGCAGAGCGAUGUGAAGCCAGAGUUGACAGAAGAAGAGUAUGCCAAACAGCUUGAGAGGGAGCAGAUUUUAGAGAAACAGAAGGCCAGUGAGGAAAAAAUGAAGGAGCUUGAAAUCAAGCUCUUAAGAAUUUUGACUGGUGCUGAAGAGAUCUUCGUCCCUUCAAGAAAGAGGUACAGCCCCGGAGAACCUCGUCCUACUGAUGCUGAACGUAUGAAAGAUUAUAGAAAGAAGUUAAAACAAGACCCAGAGAAGUAUCAACUUUACAGGCAAAAACGUGUGAUGAGUAAACGUCGCCAUAGGUUGGGGGAAUAUGCAGCCAAGUUAAGGGUGAACAACACUGGGGCAUCUGUCACAGUGAUACCUGCUGCUCCAGUCAAUGAGGAACCACAUGGCCAGUCUAUGGGGGGUUUAGUCACCAUGACCCAGCCAGUAGGUGGAGUUAGCAUGCACUGCCCACAGGUGUACGAGCACCCAAGUAGUCAUCAGCCCACUGCCUCAGUGGUCAAUGUCCAUCAUUCUACACAGUAUGUUGGUCAGGUAUCAGGUAUACAUCCUUCACACCAGCAUCAGCCUUCAAUCACAUACGGGAAUGAAAUGGACAUAGUUGAACUCAUUGCAGCUACUCAUAAUGUCCAAAACCAACAUUUCGGCUAACUUAUCCCAUUUUGCCCACUAAGAAGUAGCCAUAUUAAAGUAGUUAAUGUGACAUUUGUAAAAAGAAUUGAACGUUAUCAUUAGGAUUUAUAUUUGAUUGAAAAUAUUAUUACAAGCUAAUCAAAUGACAGUUGGCUUUUAAUAUAGUAAUUAUUAUCAAACUUUAAAGUAAACCCUUUGUUAAAUUAUUUUAUUUCAAACUUUUUUUUUCAAGCAUCUGUAAUUUUUAGUUAAUAUAUGUGCAUACUGUUUAAGAAUUUAAGCAUAUCUUAUGGACAGAUUUUUAAAAAAAUAUCUGCAAGUUUGCUUCUUUUUACUGCAAAAUGUUAAAUUCUUAAUAUAUUUAUGUAUCCAAAUUUAUGUUGGUACACAAUUUUAUUUAUUAAUACUGGUAAUGAUAAGUUGUUUACCUUUUAGAAAGUUAAAAUUGUUUUGUCUAUUUUCUCUUGUUAA